GUAGUUGAUGGCCACCCUAUUUCAUAACAAACAAAGUUGUAAUUGGACCUUUACAAACAUCACCCAUAAAACAACAGCCAGUGCAUGAUUAAGGGCCUGGGGACACCGAGGACCAACUGCCAGACCGAAUGGCGUCAGAGGAGCGCAAUGGGGACCACUUGCUCCAGCUGCAUCCCGAGGAAGUCGGGCAAAAUGACAGGCAGCUGCCCAGGGAAAUCGAGCGGUGUUCUGGCCUGAGUUACAAUGACUUCUUCUGGCGCUACAUGCACAAGAACCUCCCGGUCAUCAUUACAGACGUCUCCAACGACUGGGAGUGCCGGAACUGGACGGUUCCCCAGGAAGCCCGGGACCUCAACUCCAAUCUGAGCUCAUCUUCCAUCAACUUCGACUACCUCAAAGGCAAGAUUUCCAAUUGCCCGGUUCCGGUCGCCGAUUGCAACUCAUCGUACUUCAACAGUCACACCAAGCUGGAGCUCAACUUCCACGAUUACCUGGAGAAGUGGAGAAGCGGCAUUGAAAACCAAUCCUCGACGACGCAGGAAGUCAACAGCAAUGUGGAUCCCACGAGCAGGGACAAUCUCUACCUCAAGGACUGGCAUCUCGCCGCGCAAAUGCCGGGCUAUAACUUCUACAAGGUGCCUAAAUACUUUGCCUCCGACUGGCUGAACGAGCAACUGAUUGACCAGCAGAAGGACGACUACAGAUUCGUCUACAUGGGACCCAAGAACUCUUGGACCUCCUAUCAUGCGGAUGUGUUUGGCUCCUUCAGCUGGUCCACCAACAUUGUCGGCCUUAAGAAAUGGUUGAUAAUGCCGCCGGGCGAGGAGCUCAAACUGAACGAUCGCUUGGGGAAUCCGCCCUUCAGCAUAGACGAGAAAAUGCUGGAUGAACACAACGUCCGGUAUUACACUAUCAACCAGCGGGCCAAUGAGGCUGUCUUCGUGCCCAGUGGCUGGUGCCAUCAGGUGUGGAAUCUAACCGACACCAUAUCCAUCAAUCACAACUGGUUCAAUGCCUGCAACAUAGCCAUGGUCUGGCAAAACCUCAGGAACAACUUGAAGGCCGUUUGCAAAGAGAUCUCCGACUGCCAGCAGAUGGACAAUUUUGAGGCCCACUGCCAGACAAUGCUGAGGGCCAGCUUUGGCAUCAACUACCUCGAUUUUAUAGAGCUCCUGGAGUUCAUAGCCACUCGCCGGUUGGUCGAGGCAACCGCUGCCACCAAGUUUUUACUAUUCGAUAGGUAUAGGAUGAACGAUUAUCAUGUGCAAUACGACCUCGAGUGCUUAAGGAAGAUCACAAGGACACUGACAGAGGAUCCGACUGUUCAGCGUAGUGCCCUUCAAUUAGAGGAUCGCUGCCGGCACCUGCUCGCCCGAUUAGAAUUUUAGUAACAGCACGUGGAAAAGGCCUUGGCGUAUUUUUAUACCAAACUUGUAUUCAUAUACAAACGAUAGUCGUAAUAUUUUAAUACAGAUAUUUAAACACCAA